AUGACUUCUCUCGGAUUGGACCCUCCAUCCUACGAGGCCCGCUUCCAGGAUUACCUCCCUCAUAUCACUUUACCGCUCCUCGCAAUCUUUUCAUUUACCUGUCCGCCUUUCGCAGGCCGCGGCAUUCUGUUUGCAACUCUGAUUGCGAUUAACUACUUCGCUUUAUUUUUCUCUCCAUGGCCUCCAAAUGUCUACGAAACUCGAAACAUGCGGUACGGAAUGACAAGUGUAUGGCUCUUCGUCCUUCCGAUAUUUGAAAGGCUCCUCCUUCAUGUGCCGGAACGUGACUUCUGGCAACUUGAAGAUGCUGGCCCGAUUGAGAAUCGACAUCCACCACCGUGGACGUGGCGAAAAGUCCACUGGGCUAUUUCUCUUGCAGCCACACCCAGGGGCGUCGGUUGGAACUUCGGAGGCCGCAGGGUCAAUGCUGCACGAUUGGCUCUGAAGGAGGCUGGCAAAGGAAGAGCAGCGUCGGUACGGGACUCACUGAUACAGACCACAAUUGCAUAUCUUGCUUUGGAUGCGACCAUUAUCCUAGCCAAGAGUGCCCCAAUUCCUGUUGGCUGGAGAUUUAACUUGUCCACCAUCGCCGACAUUGUUGUUGCAGAGGUUUACAUGUUCGCAGCAGUGUACUUUGCAAUGGGUCUGCAGUACAGCUUUGUCGCCACAAUCGCUGUUGGCCUUGGGCUUAGCCCACCAGAGAACUGGGUCCCAUUAUUUGGCAGUUUUUCAGACUGCUACACGAUUUCCAACGUUUGGGGGAAAUUUUGGCACACUUACAUUCGUCAGCCGGUGCUUGGUAUUAGUCAUACUAUAACCGAAAGUCUUCGGAUCCCACCACGGUCGAUAAUCGCAUAUCUCAUUCAUCUUACCACCGCUUUCAUCAUCAGCGCAUUCUUCCACAUCAUAAGUCUCAAUUCAAUUCGCAGUGAUAACAUCUCACUUCAGGAGCUGAUUAGGAACAUGUUGGUUUUCUUCAUGGCUCAGCCAAUUGGGACAGUGGCGGAAGCUCUGGUUAUAGAUUACUAUCAACGCUGCGGAUCUGCUGAACGAAUGCCAGACGCCGGAAGAGGGAUAAAAAAAUCGUCUUCGCGAACCUCUCUGGCAGUCGAAAGACCACCACGGCUCAUGUUUCGUGUGAUAGGGUAUAUUUGGGUACUCUGCUGGUUUAGCUUCACCGGAUGGUGGUUCACCAAAGGCUACAUCGCCCUCGGAGCGCGGGACUGGCCAGUGCCAUUCUCCUUUUGGCGUUCCAUAUUUGGAAGAAACGCUGUGAUCAGAGAAAAUUAG